AUGUCAACGCUGGCGUCUCUGCAGAUGCUGCUCAACUCCCUGAACUCCACUGCCCCCAGCAACAGGACCGACGAGCCGGCCAACAGGAGCAGCGCCUGGUGCCAGGGCGUCUUCAUCCCCAACGAGCUCUUCCUGACGCUGGGCCUCGUCAGCCUGGUGGAGAACGUGCUGGUGGUCGCGGCCAUCAUUAAGAACAGGAACCUGCACUCACCCAUGUACUACUUCAUCUGCUGCCUGGCUGUGUCCGACAUGCUGGUGAGCGUCAGCAACCUGGUGGAGACCUUGUUCAUGCUGCUGAUGGAGCACGGCCUGCUGGUCCUCCAGACCAGCAUCGUUCGCCAGAUGGACAACGUCAUUGACAUGAUGAUCUGCAGCUCCGUGGUGUCGUCGCUCUCCUUCUUGGGGGCCAUCGCCGUGGACCGGUACAUCACCAUCUUCUAUGCCCUGCGCUAUCACAGCAUCAUGACCAUGCAGCGGGCAGUGAUCAUCAUUGUGGGCAUCUGGGUGGCCAGCACCAUCUCCAGUAGCAUCUUCAUCGCCUACUACAAGAACAACGCCGUCAUCCUCUGCCUCAUUGGCUUCUUCCUCUCCAUGCUCAUCCUCGUGGUGGGGCUCUACAUCCACAUGUUCUCCUUGGCACACCACCAUGCCAAGAACAUCUCCAGCCUGCAGAAGAAACGCACCGUCCACCAGAUGACCAGCAUGAAGGGGGCGGUCACCCUCACCAUCCUGCUGGGGGUCUUCUUCAUGUGCUGGAGCCCCUUCUUCUUGCACCUGACGCUGAUCGUCACGUGCCCCAAGAACCCCUUCUGCACCUGCUUCUUCAACUACUUCAACCUCUUCCUCAUCCUCAUCAUCUGUAACUCAGUGAUAGACCCGCUCAUUUAUGCUUUCCGGAGCCAGGAGCUCAGGAAAACCCUGAAGGACGUGGUGCUGUGUUCCUGGCCCCAAGCUGUGUCGCAGGGAUGUAGGCUCGGGGGGCCCAAUUCUGCCCUGCCUCCCUGGUGUGAGUGGGACUCGCUGGGUCACGGGCACGACCCAGGAGCAACACAGCUGCCAGUCCAGGGAGACUCAGACCCAGGGGCCCGAAUUGCUACGUGGUGCCCGAGGGAAGGUCGGACGGGCCCCAGCCUGAUGCUGCAGCGGCGCCCGCUGAUUGGUGGCCGGGCCGAGGUGACGUCAGCGGCCGGCCCGGUGCAGCGGCGGGCGCCUAUAAAAGGCUCCGGCAGGCGCCCGGCCGCUUUCCGCAGCCCCCGCCCGCCCGCUCCGCUCCUGCGCCCCCCGAGCCGCCUGCACCAGCCACAGCCGCCGCCCCGGGCCAGCAUGAGGGAGAUCGUGCACAUCCAGGCGGGCCAGUGCGGCAACCAGAUCGGAGCCAAGUUCUGGGAGGUGAUCAGCGAUGAGCACGGGAUAGACCCCAGCGGGAACUACGUGGGAGACUCCGACCUGCAGCUGGAGCGGAUCAGUGUCUACUACAAUGAGGCUUCCUCUCACAAGUACGUACCCCGUGCGAUCCUGGUGGACCUGGAGCCCGGGACCAUGGACAGCGUUCGAUCGGGGGCAUUUGGACAUCUCUUUAGACCUGACAACUUCAUCUUUGGUCAGAGCGGCGCUGGCAACAACUGGGCAAAGGGGCACUACACAGAGGGUGCUGAGCUGGUGGACUCUGUCCUGGACGUGGUGAGGAAGGAGUGUGAGAACUGUGACUGUCUGCAGGGCUUUCAGCUCACCCACUCCCUGGGUGGUGGCACUGGUUCGGGCAUGGGUACCCUCCUCAUCAGCAAGGUCCGUGAAGAGUACCCGGACCGGAUCAUGAACACUUUCAGCGUGGUGCCUUCCCCCAAGGUGUCCGACACGGUGGUGGAGCCCUACAAUGCCACCUUAUCCAUCCACCAGCUGGUGGAGAACACGGACGAGACCUACUGCAUCGACAACGAGGCCCUGUAUGACAUCUGCUUCAGAACCCUUAAACUGGCCACGCCCACCUACGGUGACCUCAACCACCUGGUCUCCGCCACCAUGAGCGGCGUCACCACCUCCCUGAGAUUCCCUGGUCAGCUCAACGCUGACCUGAGGAAGCUGGCAGUCAACAUGGUGCCCUUUCCUCGCCUCCACUUCUUCAUGCCAGGCUUUGCCCCCCUCACAGCCCGUGGCAGCCAGCAGUACCGAGCCCUAACAGUCCCUGAGCUCACCCAACAGAUGUUUGAUGCCAAGAACAUGAUGGCCGCCUGUGACCCACGUCAUGGACGCUACCUGACGGUGGCCACAGUCUUCAGAGGCCGCAUGUCCAUGAAGGAGGUGGAUGAGCAGAUGCUCGCCAUCCAGAGCAAGAACAGCAGCUACUUCGUAGAAUGGAUCCCCAACAACGUCAAGGUGGCAGUCUGCGACAUCCCACCCCGGGGACUGAAGAUGUCUUCCACUUUCAUUGGGAACAGCACGGCCAUCCAGGAGCUCUUCAAGCGCAUCUCAGAGCAGUUCACUGCCAUGUUCCGACGCAAAGCCUUUUUGCACUGGUACACGGGCGAGGGCAUGGACGAGAUGGAGUUCACAGAGGCAGAGAGCAACAUGAAUGACCUGGUGUCGGAGUACCAGCAGUACCAGGAUGCCACAGCUGAAGAGGAAGGGGAGAUGUAUGAAGAUGAUGAGGAGGAAUCUGAGGCCCAGGUUGCCAAGUGAAGCCUCUAGAGUUGGCCUGCAUCAAGUUUCUUACCAUGAAGGUCAAGCUUCUACAGCACCCUACUGUCCAGCGUGGUCCUCCGUCUUCACUACCUGUUAGCUGAGUACUAGACAACCGCUAUUUAGUUGCUUCUGAUUAAAGGUUCCAAAUUUUAAAUCAUUCCGUAUUUACUAACCAUCUCCCCUCCCCAUCCUUGAGUUAGCACAGCUGUAGCCCA